AUGGCAGAAUCAGCGACGGAGAACCUUAUAAACAUUGAAGAAGCAGUUAAGGAAACCGUAAAAAAUGCUACAGACAAGCCACCGACGAGUAUUGAAGGUAUUGCGAUUGCAUACCUGAGUUUAGUGAUUAUGGCUGUGUUACCGAUAUUCUUCGGGGCUUUCCGAUCAGUAAAAUACCUGAAAGAGCAAAAGGAAUCGGGCGAGCGACAUGAGACAAUGUCAAACAAGGAUGCGCUGAUGUUCCCUCUGAUCGCAUCGGCGGCGCUGUUCGGACUGUACAUCUUCUUCCAGUUCUUCUCCAAGGAGUACAUCAACCUGCUGCUUACUGGAUACUUCUUCUUCCUAGGAGUUCUUGCCUUGAGCCAUCUUCUUAGCCCGAUAAUCUCGUUCAUGGUGCCGGCGUGUAUCCCGAACGUGUCGUACCACAUCCACUUCACGCGCGGCGAGGACGACACUCGCUCGGACAUUGUCAACUACAAGUUUACGUCGUACGACAUCAUCUGUAUAUUCAUCUCACUAGCCAUGGGAGGCUGGUACAUACUUAAGAAGCACUGGAUCGCGAACAACUUGUUCGGCAUCGCGUUCGCGGUGAACGGAGUGGAGCUGUUACAUUUGAACAACGUGGUCACCGGCUGCAUCCUGCUCUGUGGACUGUUCAUCUACGACAUCUUCUGGGUCUUCGGCACCAACGUCAUGGUCACCGUCGCCAAGUCCUUCGAGGCUCCCAUCAAACUGGUAUUCCCGCAAGACCUGCUGGUGAACGGUCUGGACGCGAGUAACUUCGCAAUGCUGGGUCUGGGCGACAUCGUGGUGCCUGGCAUCUUCAUCGCACUCCUACUGCGCUUCGACAAGAGCCUCAAGCGAAACAGCGAGUUCUACUUCAGGGCGACGUUCACGGCGUACGUGGUGGGUCUGCUGGCGACGAUCCUGGUGAUGCACGUGUUCAAGCACGCGCAGCCCGCGCUGCUGUACCUCGUGCCCGCCUGCCUCGCCACGCCGCUCUGUCUCGCGCUACUGCGCGGCGACAUCAACGCGCUCUUCAACUACGAAGACCAACCGGCGAUAAUACCGGCCGGCGAAGACACGAGCAAGUCAAAAAAGACUGAAUAG